CCAACGGCAUGUUCGCUUGUGUACAAUUCAUGUUUAGCUGUAACGUUAGUUCGCUAAUAUAGUUUAAGACUUAUGCAUACAUAUUUACCAUAUCGUUAUGGUGGGGCAGUUGGUUUCCGUGAACUAAACGUGUCCGUAAUAUGCUAAAUUGUUAUUUCUCCGUUUGAAUUGUUAGCCUGCCAGCUAAUGUAGCUAACUAGGUUGUUAUUCGAAAUUGGUGUUCGCUCAGCAAACCAUUGAGGUAUAAGACUAAGGACAUCCCAGUCUCCCACGAUGGACUCAGACAUACUGAAUAUAGAGGAAAUAGUGAUGGGGAAGGGGUCACCAGAUCCCCCUGCAGAACUGACCACUGAGAAACCAGCAGAACACUACAAACCCAUUGCCUCCUUCAAAGCACCACCUCCACCCACCAUUCAACCAUAUCAGCAUGAGAACCUGCAGUGUUUCCAGUGCUUCAUCACCUUCUGUAACUCCAAAGCCAAGGAGAGGCACAUGAAGAAGAGCCAUCGUGAGGAGUACAAGCAGCAGCUCCAGCAGGGAGAUACUUUGUUCACCUGCUAUGUGUGUGACCGUACCUUUCCGUCCUCGGAGGAGCUGACCCAGCACCAGGGCUCACACAACAAGGAGGACAAGCCCUUCAAGUGUCCCCACUGCCAGGAGAGCUUCCGCACCUUCUCUGAGCUGACGACCCACAGGAGACAGGUCUGUCCAGAGAGGCAAUUUGUGUGUAAGGACUGCAGUGAGACCUUCCGCAGCCCUGCCUUCCUUCGUACCCACCGCCUGGCCCAGCACCCCCGUCCAGAGGCAGAGGUGGAAGAGCCAGAUGACCCUACCAAGACCCACCGCUGUGGGAAGUGCAACCGGGGCUUCGAGACAGAGUCUGAGCUAAUAAUGCACCAAGAGAACCACGCCGGUGACCAGCACUGCAACGGCAGCGCCUCGCCCGCCAAGAAGCGUGGACGGCCCUUUAAAGCAGAGGACUCAACGGUCGGAGGGAAGAAGAGAAAGAAGAAGGAAGAGGGCACAGAGGAGGCUGAGACUGGAAACAAUGCAGAGGAGGCUGCAGCAGCUCCGGCUGAGACCAAGGGGAAAGCAGCAGCAGCAGCAGGAGGUGGCAGGCGAGGUCGUCCUAAAGCAGCAGUAGGCGAGGAGGCCAGAGAAGACGACAGUGAAGCCCCAGCAGAGGAGAAGAAACCUAAAGCGGCUCCCGCUCCACCCAAGCAACACCCCUGCCCUGAGUGUGAGCUCACGUUCCCUGCCCUGGCCCAGCUCCGCGCCCACAAGAAGGAAAAGCACAUCCCACGUAAGGCCCACCCCUGCGAGGAGUGUGAGGAGAGCUUUGCCCGUCCCGAGCAGCUAGAAGCCCACAAGAACCGGGCACACAUCAAGGGGCGUUAUGCCUGCCCUACCUGUGGCAAGAGCUUUGGCCGAGAGAGCAACCUGAAGGGCCACCAGCAGAGCAGCCACCCAGAGGAGGAGGAGAAGCAAGAGGCAGCGGGCCGCAGCAAGAGAUAAUUCAGAAUGGGGAAGGGGGGAUUUUCUGUAAAGUGAUUGGGGGAGGGAGGACGAAGAAUCAGGGAUUUUUAAGAAUUUGAAUUUUGUCAAGGGUUUUUGUUGGUUUGAGGUUGGGUGUGAAAUUUAGAUCCUAAGUUUGAAGUGUUUUUAGAAUGUGAGAAAGACAGGUGAGAAAUUCUUUGCGGGAUUUUUAACAGGUGAGCUAAGGCGUCCCACUGAUAGUUCAGCAUUUGCCAUUUCUGGAUUGGGUUAGGAUGUUCAAGGCACACAUCACACUUGGAGUGACUGACUUACUAACCAAAAGAUGUAAGCUGUUAAAUCCAUCUGUUAUACACCUGUCUUAUCUGGACUAAGAACAACAAUAAUUAGUUUUCGGCAUCAUGUUUGUUGCAUUUGAUUAAUAUCUUUAAAUGAUUAUCCUGAUAACGGAGUUACACCUCUAAAAAAUAAUGUAAAAACAGAAAUGUAAAAUGCUUUUCAUGCUGUCUGACAAAUGGAGCUUUUCUUGUUUUAUGAUUUUUAUAUUGCUAAGUACGUGUUCUGUAGUAGCAGAUGAAAUGCAACAACCGUGCAUUCUAUAAAACCUGUUGGGGAUAUUUACUUUUUGAAAGAGCUUCUUGUGAUAAGUGAACAUGGAUUGGAAUGUUUGGGAGUUACAUAACGUCUCAUAGAAAUUGCAUCUAUUUAUAUACGGUUUUUGGUGCAUUGUAAUGCCGAACUGUUUCUAUUAUGAUUAACUUCUAAAUGAUACUGCUAUUAAAUGCGCAGGGUAUAAAUAAGAUCACUGUUUAUCCUCUUAAGUUAGUUUGGUUUAGGCCCAAUGGUUCUUCUUCGGUUUCAUGCAUGGAUUUUAACAUGUCAUCCUAAACAAUGGUUGUAAUGAAGACUAAUAGACUCAAAUUAAGAUAAUCCUGCCACCAGCUACACCUUGUCACCUUUAUUUUGCAUUUGUUAUACUUAAUUUAAAUGUCAUAGAUAUUCUAAUGAACUUUCCAUAAAUGAUUUGCUUAAAUUUUGGCAUGAUGACGAAAUGACCAGAGGCCUGAAUGGACGUCUUCAUUAUUCUCACCAUGUAACAUGCCUGGACACUCUGCCAAUAUGUAAUAAAAGUGCCCCAAGGGCUGCUACAGAAUGA